ACAGUCACAUGGACGCUUACACACACACACGCACACACACCCACACAUGCACAUACAGACUCAGGGCUGGGCCGGGUUGGGCCUAUUGGCAUUACUCAUCCAAAAUCUCCCACCUGUUGAAGCCUCAUUUGGAAAGUUCAGCAUGUAAAGCACUGAACAACAGAGCUGGCAGAAAAAGACAGAAAGUGUCCCAACAAGUUUGGAGCUGCGGAGACGCCGCCUGAUGGCACUGAGGACGUGAGACCACCUCACUCUGAGAAGAAGUGGACUCAAGUUUCACGAGCCAUCUGCUGGAUCACACUCUGAAUAUCUGGAGGAACUGGACCUCGACUGACCGAGCGACACCAUGGCUCAUUAUGACCUGUAAGUUCAGUCUGCAGACGGGACCAGGGAAGGACCAAGCUGCCUGAUGAUGGAUGACAAGGACUCUGUGGAUAUUCAUGACCACCCGCCGCUCCCUGAUAAUGUGGUGAAAGAGGAGGACAACACGGUGUAUUUCAUCUAUGACGAAGAGGUAGAGGAGGAAGACAAAGAUGAACCACCUCCUCCAGAACCAAUCAAACCAGUCAACGACAGACCCCACAAGUUCAAGGACCACUACUGCAAGAAACCAAAGUUUUGUGACGUCUGCGCACGCAUGAUAGUGUUAAACAAUAAGUUUGCACUGCGAUGUAAGAACUGCAAAACCAGCAUCCACCACCAAUGUCAGUCCUACGUGGAGUUCCAGAGGUGCUUUGGCAAAAUUCCUCCAGGAUUCAGGAGAGCCUACAGUUCUCCUCUCUACAGCAGCCAGCAGAAUGCCACAGUCUCACAGUUGCUGCCCUUUUCACAGUCAAACCGCACCGACCCCGUGUUUGAGACGCUGCGUAUCGGUGUGAUCAUGGCCAACAAGGAGCGCAAGAAAGGGUCCGAGGACAAGAAGAAUAUGAUGAUGAUGAUGAUGGAGGAGGAUGAGUCCCAGCCCAAACAGGAGGAAGAAGGAGGUGAAGGAGCAAACACAGAAGGAGACAAAAAAGGAGACAAGGCUCCUGCUGAUGACAAGAGUAAAAAGCCUCAGCCGGGGAAGAUCGGCGUGUUCAGUCAGUCUCACUACUACCUGGCUCUGUACCGCUUCAAAGCCAUAGAGAAGGACGAUCUGGACGUUCAUGCUGGCGACCGCAUCACAGUGAUAGAUGACUCCAAUGAGGAGUGGUGGAGGGGGAAGAUCGGAGAGAGGACAGGCUUCAUACCUGCCAACUACAUAAUCCGAGUGCGAGCGGGAGAGAGGGUCUACAAGGUGACACGCUCCUUUGUUGGCAACAGAGAAAUGGGCCAAAUCACUCUGAAGAAAGACCAGAUCGUAGUAAAGAAGGGUGAGGAGGUAAACGGCUACCUGAAGGUCAGCACAGGACGGAAGCUCGGCUUCUUCCCCGCCAACCUGCUGCAGGAAAUCUGAAGUGGACCAGGCUGACGUUGCAUCAAACACCUGGCCAUCCAUCUCAGUUUCAUCACCUGCUGUGUGGUUGACACACUUGUUAUCGGUCCAAAGCAAUAGCUUUAGACUUGAAUUUUGAUUUCAACACACAUUGGUAUUUUCGUGUUGUUCAUCUGUAAAUUUCACACAUGACCUUAGGAUGCCUGUAGACAGAAUACAUUGGAAGUGCCAAGUGCCAAAAACCACAGUUCCUCUGAUGGCCAUUUGAGGCUGGCUCCAGAAGCGAGUCAAUCCCCACAGACUUUCAUGUUAAAAUGCCCGACUUUACAGCAGAAAUAAACAUAUGUACAGCCUGUUACAUAAACAGUUUUGGUCUCUGUUGUUAAUUUCACCAUUUUUUAUAGAUGAUGGCGAUGGCCAAAAUGCCAAAAUAGGAUCCACAAAACCAAAGUGUGACAUCACUUUUGCUACAUCCAUUAUUUUUAUAGUCUGUGGAUUUUACUCAUUGUACAGAGGCAUGUGUUAAAUAGGCAGAUAGAUUACCAAAAAAACAAAAAAUAAAACAAAGGUUUGAUCUACAAAAACUUCAUACAAGCGUUUGGCCAGUGUCAACAAGGCAGUACAGUACACUGGUCACUUUCACUCAUUUUAUUUCUGUAUCUUGAAACCCAUUAGUGUUUGAUGUUAUUGAGUUCAGGUAGUUUAUUAACGUUGUUCAGCUCUAAGGGGAGGUAGAUCUGUGUGUUAUCUGCAUAACAGUGAAAAGAUAUGUUAUGUAUUGAAUGAUGUGGCCUAGCAGAAGUAAAUAAAUAAAGAAGACGAUUGGACCAAGUAUGGAACCUUGGGGGACACCACAGGAGAUGGGAGCUGAGGAAGAAAAUGAGUCACUGAUAGAGACACUAGUCCUUUUUAAAAAGAGAUUAGGCAAUAGAUCCUCAACAAAGUCACUUCUUUAAGCCGCCUUUGCAUUUUUACACAGCAUAGCAUCAGUAGCGCUUUAUAAACAACAACAAUGGCAUUAACAUGUCAGUAACAAUAUUGCUGUCCCUGUCAUAUGGUGGCUGAUCUUUGUCCUCUGCUCGGAGGUUUAGAAGCUCCCAGACCUCAUUGUUUUCCCAAUUUGUGGACAUUUACAGCCACUGUUCUUCUUCUUUGGGUUAGCUGCUAACUGCUAACACCUUUUUUUGUAAAGCUCCUGCAGAGGGUUACAUGCACAACAUGUCAAAUUGUCACAACAUGAUCCUGUCUUGACACCGUUUUGGGGCUGUUACUACCUCCUGUGGUGGCUUAAAACCAAGACCACUCUAUCCCCCCUUUCUCCAAUAGUACCCUAUAUACAGAACAGCGAGGUGGCAUAACUGGUAUUCCUGCCAUGAACAGGCAGUAUACAAGGGGCUGAUGAAGGAUCUGUUGGAUAAACACGAAGAGAACCAGUUUAAAGCAGAAUCAGAGCAAAACCAGACAAUAAAUCACAAAUGUAGCAGACUGAAUUACUUUUAGCCUCCAUACACUUUGUCAGCUGACAUGUGCGUCUUCCCAUCAGUUAUCCUAAUGAGAGCAGAAGGAAGCAAAACUUUCUCAGAUGAACAUUAUUUGAGUGGGUUUCAUUAUGCAGAUAUGUAAUGUAACUGAAGAAAAAGGAGGUGAAUCUGUGCUGAAUUUGUUAGCGGUUAGUUAUAGGAGUCAUUUAAAGUGAAAAGAAGAAUGCUUUCAUUUUCUCACAUGUCAGGGAACAAAAUGAUAGAUUCAAAUGAGACAGAGGCAUUUCCAGAACUUCAAAGGGAUGCAGAGCUAUUUUCCGUAGCUACCCUGAGUGCAGUGUAAUUAUCCAUAGGAAACGCCGUGGGGAUGGUUUGCAAUGUAAAGGGACAGCUCAGAGAUCAGGUAUGCAGGGAAUGGCAUCUGUAUAUCUGAAGAGACAUUCUACUGGUGAAUAACUUGACAUGACACCUAGAAAGACAGACACAUGUUCACUAUGGUUUCUUUUUCUAUGCAUAUCUAUUUUUCAUCUUGCCUCUGAUUGUUGUUAAUACAAUAAAUCCUUUGAUUCCUA